AUGACAGAAAAUCUCAGUCAAAACGUCCUCAAGACUGUUGUAGGCGCUGGUGCAGCCGUUGGCGAUCCUUCACAUCCGAGGCAGACAUCGGCAUUCAGUUUCGUUGGUGACACAGUGACUGACGCUGUGCAGAGAACGAGCGCGGUGGCGGCCGGAAUUAGAACUUAUGCAGAUCUGUUGCUGAAAGGGAUUACGCCCGGCACUGGCGGCCACACAGUUUCACCAGGCGGCGAGAAGACUUUCGGUUUUAAAAACUCCGGUCUGAGUUUCGACGUCGUCUCAGGACUCAGCAAGGUGGCCGAACUAAUUUCAAAGGGAGCCAUUCAACUGCCGAGUCAUCCCUUGCCGAAUUUACAAAAACUUGGCCAGGAAUCAAUGGAGGAACCCAUGUUUAAGGAAACCGACUUCACAAAUCAGAAAUAUCUUCGUCAAGAAGAAGAGAGUGACCAAGCCCAGUCCUUGGAAGGUCUCACAGCUGAAGAGAGGGAAUUUUUGAUGAAAGCCGCUCAGUCGGUAGAGGAGGUGGAUCCAGUCGUGGAAGCUCCUCCACCCGUGGAUACGGAUCUGGGAAUCCCUCCACCUAAAAUAAAUGUUAGUGUCAAACCACCACGAAAAGAUGCAAAUGCCAUGCCACGAACGCCUGGUCAUAUGAGUGGGCAUGAGGGAGUUUUAUCGCCACCUCAAGAAUCCAGUGCGACUAUGGGCUUCCCUCCGAAAGUGGAUGCAUUCAAAAAGACCCCUCCAAAAGUGAGGAUGACUAGGGAGGUUACCCAGAAGGCAAAGGAGAAAGCUUACCGACCUUCACUUCCAACAGAUUAUAAAGUGAAAGCCGAAGAUCUCGCGGAAAGCUUGUCGAAGAGCAAGGAAAGGAAGGUGCCGUCUUCAAGGCUUGGCCGGUUGGUAAUUUAA